GCCCGGCACAGCCCAGCCCAGCGCAGCCGAGAUGGGGCCGCGGGCGCUGCUCGCCCUCCUGGCGGCCGCCGCCCUGGCAGGUGCCAGCGUAGUUCCAGUGGAAAAAGACCACACUGAAGAAAUGGUCACCCGGUGCAUAGUGGAGGUUCUGUCCAACGCUCUGUCUAAGCCAAAUGCACCCCCCAUUAAUCCUGAGUGCAAAGAAAUGCUGAAAAAGAGUGAUAAAAMUGACAGAGAGAGAAGCGAAAAUAAAGAACCUGAAGUGAGGUAUCCCAAAGAUGCAGCAGAGAUUGAUAAAAUAAAGAUUGGGAGCAUGGAGAAAGAGCAAAGCCAGGCAGAAGUGGAGUCAGAAAAGCACAUGGCAGGAGGUGCUGAGGAGAAACUGGCUCGUGAGGAAGGUAAAAGCCAGGAGGAGGAGGUUGGACACCACUCAGCCACUGAGGAUGAAACCUUUCACUCYGAAAUCAAAAAGCACUAUCAGGAAAUUGGGAGAGAGGAGGAGAGGAAGUACCACAGUGAGGAGGAAAGCAAGGAGGGCGAGUGCUGUGAAAAUGGAGAGGCUGCUGUUGUCAGCAAGAAAUCACGCUCAGAGAGCCUGAGCACCGAGGAGUUCCGGGGUGGGAAUGAUCCGAGCCCCAGGGGCCGCUGGCACCUGGAGGAGGGAAUGCAGAGCCCUUACAAACAAAUCCGGGAAGAGGCAGAGGAAGGAAGGAGUGAGAAAUACCACCAGGAGUCUCAGGAACGCGAUUUCUCCCGCCAGCAGGAGCGCGAAGACUCCGAGGAGAGCGAAGAAACCGAGGUGGAGAAGCGACCCUACAACUCCAAAGGUUACCACAGGAAGCACAGAGUGGGUGACUCCUCUGAGGAGAAGAGGGGACACGGUGGGGACAGAGAGGAGCCAGCUSGGGGAUCCCACCCAGGGGAGAGGUGGAACCGCCGCCAGAAGCAUCAGGAGGGCUCUGAGGAGAAGGGAGGCUCUCCUGAGGAGCUGCGGGAGGAGAGCCCUGCAGGGCAGGGCAGCGAGGAGCACGGGCACAGCUGGCAGCACAGCCAGGAGAGCAGGGAAGAGGAGAGCAAUGAGAAACGGCCUGAGGAGAGGAGACACCGCGAUGGAGCGCGCCGUGCCCAGGGGAGGACGUACCUCGAGGAUGAAAAUGAAAAUGAGGAGGAGCUGGACAGGUAUCUSAGCAAGGAGAAACAGCACCGCGCUGCAGGGAGAUCCCGCCUGUGGAACAAGGAGCAGGAAGGGUCCCAGAAGGCUCGAGAGCACAAGGGACAGGCCAGGAGGCACUACAGCACUGAGGACAGCCUGGAGGAGGAGGAGGAGGAGGAGGUGGAGAAGAAGCACCGCAGCAGUGACCGGGUGGAAAAUGAAGAGGAGGAAAGGUACGCGGAGAGGGAGGAGUACAGACGGCGUCUCCCUGCAGAGAAAGAGAAGAGAACCGCAGCCUCCUACAGGCCUUUCUACCCGCUGCUGUGGUGGAAAAGCCGGCACCUGGACAAGAGGGACGGUGCAGGGGAGCAGCUYCUGGAGGCCAGGGAGGAAGGCAGGCCUGCUCUGAGUGAGAAGAGUCUCUUCCCUGACUACAGUGACUAUGACUGGUGGUCAGAAAAGCAAAUCCAGAGCGCCCUGAAGCACAGGCGCAGCGAGAAGAGGAACCCCAAAACGAACAGGUACGGCGUGGAAAGGCAGUACAGCAAGGUGGAUCAGCUUGCACAGCUUCUGAACUACAGGAAGAAGUCAGCUGAGUUCCCAGAGCUGUACAGCUCCGGGGAAGACCUGAAGAAACGUCACCUCAUGGGGAACGACAGGAGGAGCCUAAACCAGAGGGCCCUGACGGAAGAUGAGGAAAAGCAGCUGGAAAACUUGGCCACUAUGGAUCUGGAGCUGCAGAACAUAGCAGAGAAGAUUAACAGCCUCAGGAGAGGCUGAAGGUGUCCUCGCAAACCUGUGCUUUGUGGUAAAUUCACUGCCACUGGAUUGCUGUUUGCCCUAAACCCAGGAAAUUCUAUUCACUGUCCACUCUCGUGUAGUGAUUUACACAGCUGAAAGUGUCUUUCAUUUGCUGUUACGCUCCUGAGACCUGAAUGGCAUGAAUUUUAGUAACAUAACCUUUCAUGUGGGCAGGUAUUUUUAAUAUGCUUUUGGAGACAAUUGUGUUAGUGUUCUUCAGGAAUAUAUUUGUCUGAGUUUGCAAUAAUAAAAACCAUUGAUCUUGGACCAAAUCUUCUCCUUGUUUGUGUGAC